CCAAUCAAAUCCAACAUGGGUUUACCCGGCUUUACAGGCUUUACACCUUCGGAAUUUGUACCUGAUUCGUACCUCUUCGCAUUAGUUACUGCGCAGACAAGAUUCGACCAAUAACGCCUGUCUGUCAAAGCCUUACCUGCUGGCAUCGUAAUUGGGCUUCCAGAAAAGAUGUCCGGAACAAACGGAGAGCCGGACGCUUUCCCAAGGAAGCGCUCUCUCGUGCGACAGGAAUCGACAGAUGACGACGACUACCACCUCUCCGCCUUUCCGUCAACCAUUGCAGAAUUUGGUUAUCAUUUCAACGAGUUCGGCCAACUGCGACACAACAAAACUGGAGAGCCUUACCAAUUCGAUGUGCGUCUUAACAACCCAUCUUACAAUCAGAAACGGUACGAGGCGCUCGGAGAGCUUGUCACGGAACACGUGUACGGCCUUCUCGAGUCCGAAACGAAGCUGUCGAAAUUUCGCAUCCCAAUCGACGCGAGAGACGGCGAGCCGUCGACGUUCAUCUUCGCAUCUGAUGAUGCUCUCACCAAUCGGAACAAACUUCUCGUUCUCAUCCACGGAAGCGGAACUGUCAGAGCAGGACAGUGGUCGCGAAGGCUUAUCGUCAACGAUUCGCUCAAGAAAGGCACCCAACUUCCCUUCAUCCGGCGUGCCCUGGGACUGGGAUACGGCGUGAUUGUUCUGAACACCAACGACAACUUCAGAAUGCACGGUGAAGUGAAGCGAGCGAUCAGAGAGAGCGAGACGCCCGAAAAACACGCGCGUUACGUUUGGGAAUGGUUCAUCGAAAGGUCCGCAGCAAAGCACAUCGCGGUAGUCGCGCACAGUUACGGAGGCGUGGUGACGGUUAACUUGAUGACUGAAUUUUAUGCGAUGAGAGAUCGCGUAUUUGCGAUCGCGUUGACAGAUUCCGUGCACAGCAUGCAGCAUCAGAAGGUGCCUCCUUGGGUGCUCCAGUGGCUGGUGCAGAUAUCUCGUAACUGGGUGUCCUGUCCCGAGCCACUUGACACGCCACUCAAACUGAUGCAUCAGAGCUCGGAUAUUAAGAGGGUUUCUGCUGGGACAGUCAUUCACGAGUUGACAUCCUGGUCCUGUUUUGCCUCUGUGUUUGAAUUCCUAGAGACGGCCUAUCAGAAAGCGUUGGCAGCUUCUCAUGGCCAGCCGAGUCACGGGGAGUUCGAGAACGUUGCAUUGAGGUCGCGCGAUUCUUCGUAAGACAACGGUGCUAGAGAGGGCAUGCGAUUCAGGGAGGAACGACAGAUAUUUUUCUAACUCGGGCCAGCUGAUGCCAAGCUGGGGAUAUCUAUGCAUGUAUUCUAAGGCCUCUUAUACUAGGCGUACUGUAAGUGGCACAUCUAACAAACACUGUUACUACAGUAAAAGUGUUUUUUGUACAAAAAAAGACCGAGGAGUGAAAUUUCUGUAAAGGACACAAAAAUUUACUGGUCCCCGUACAGCUUCGAUGUCCUAUCCAAAACUUUAAAUAACAUUACUGUCUCAGGUGCACGCGUUAAUUGAGAAUGAUUUAGAGGGGUUUCCGUAACAACAAUAGGAAGAUAGUCAUUCUUACAGGCGUGGAGGUUUAUACGAGCAACCACCGGGAAUGCACAAGGCUAAGUAAUUUCCAAUUGGUUUCUCAUAUAAACGAACUGAAGCAGGGUCAACACAAUCUUUUAUGUAUUUGCUGCACCUUGUUUGUGUUGGACAAAAGUCUUGGCAGUAUUACACAGAAUGACUGUAAGACGUCCGGGUGGGUCAUUGUUUGGUAUACCCUGCAUUUCGAGUGCUUUGUAUUCUCCGAUGAUGAAGGAUUGUUGCAUUCCAUAAUGCGUUAGCAUUAUUCCUUCUAUCAUCAGUGCUCAAGACAUGUCAAAUUAUAUACUCACUUUAUGUCAGUCUUCUUUCUAAGUUAUUGUGUAGCUGGUCUUGUACAACAUAUACACUUGUACAUAGCGUGUCAAGGGACCACCAGAUGCAAUAAAAUAUUUUUUAUAUUAAUA